AGACAGGAGUUUUACUCUGAAAGUGACCCGGUGUAUUUAGAAUAGGAAAGGGCCAAACCACUUCCCAGAAGAGAGCUCAGAACUGAGGUGCUUCUUGAAUGGCUAGAGGGAAAGAACAUGAUUUAUUUCAAAAUGUGUCUUUUUCCUAGGAAUCCUGAUGCAACGACAUUUGGAAAAAGGCAUGCCUCUAAUGUACCUGAGAAUGGGGAAGCUUUUCAUCAGAAGUCAUACCUAAUCAAACAUCACAAAAUCCACACAUGGGAAAAACCUUAUGAAUGUAGCAAGUGUGGAAAAGCCUUUUGCCACAAGUUAGCUCUCAUUACACAUCAGAGAAUCCACACAGGGGGAAAGCCAUAUGAAUGUAGUGAGUGUCCAAAAGCCUUUUGCCAGCAGUCAUCUCUCAUUAAACAUCAAAGAAUCCACACAGGGGAAAAUCUUCAUGAAUGUAGUCAGUGUAAGAAAGCUUUUUGCCAGCGGUCAUCUCUCAUCAAACAUCGGAGAAUCCACACAGGGAAAAAUCUUCAUGAAUGUACUCAGUGUAAGAAAGUUUUUUGCCAGAAAUCACACCUAAUCACACAUCAGAGAAUCCACACAGGGGAAAAACCUUAUGAAUGUAGUGAGUGUGGAAAAGCCUUUUCUGACCAGUCAUCUCUCAUUAGACAUCAGAGAAUCCACACAAGGGAAAAUCUUUAUGAAUGUAGUGACUGUGGGAAAGGUUUUAACAGGAUAUCAUAUCUAACUGUACAUCAAAGAAUACACACAGGGGAAAAACCUUAUGAAUGUAAAGAGUGUGGGAAAGCCUUUUUCCACAAGUCAGCUCUCAUAAUACAUCAGAGAAUCCACACAGGGGAAAAACCCUAUCAGUGUAGUGAGUGUGGGAAAACAUUUUGUCAGAAAUCAUACCUAAUUAAACAUCGCAAAAUCCACACAGGGGAAAAACCUUAUGAGUGUCCUGAGUGUGGAAAAGCCUUUUUCAAGCCAUAUGAUCUCAUUAUACAUCUGAGAAUCCACACAGGGGAAAAACCUUAUCAAUGUAGUGAGUGUCCAAAAUCCUUUUGUGGUCGCUCGUCUCUUCUUAAACAUCAGAGACUCCACACAUGGGAAAAACUCUAUGAAUGCAGUGAGUGUGGGAAAGCUUUUCACCGGAAAUCACACCUAGCAACACAUCAGAGGGUCCACACAGGGGAAAAACCUUAUGAAUGUAGUGAGUGUGGGAAAACUUUUUCCCAGAAAUCAUACCUAAUCACACAUCAGGGAAUCCACACAGGGGAAAAUCCUUAUGAAUGUAGUGUGUGUGGGAAAGUUUUUGGCUGCAAAUCACAACUAAGCAUACAUCAGAGAAUCCACACAGGGGAGAAACCUUACGAAUGUAGUGAAUGUAAGAAAUCCUUUUAUAAAAAGUCAGUUCUCAUUUCACAUCAGAGAACUCACACAGGGGAAAAGCCUUAUGAAUGUAAAGAGUGUGGGAAAGCUUUUGGUCGCAAGUCAAACCUGAACAAACACGAGAAAAUCCACACACGGGAAAAACCUUAUGAAUGUAGUGAGUGUGGAAAAGCUUUUGGUUGCAAGUCAAACCUGAAGAGACAUGAGAAAAUUCACACACGGGAAAAACCUUAUGAAUGUAGUGAGUGUGGGAAAGCCUUUUCCCACAAGUCAGCUCUCCUUACGCAUCAGACAAUUCAUGCAGGGGAAAAACCUUAUGGAUGUAAAGAAUGUGGAAGAUUUGGCCAGAAGUCAUACCUAAACAAACAUCAGAAAAUCCACACAAGAGAAAAACAUAUGUGCAACGAUUGUGGAAAAGCCUUUUGCCAGCGGUCAUCUCUUGUUAGACAUCAGACAAUCCACACAGGGGAAUAA